AUGGCCUUUCGGUUUCACGGCAGGCUGUUCCGGCUUGUCGAUCCUCGCGAUGUCUGGAUCUACGGAUCUUUCUUCCUGAUGGCCAUGGUGGCGGCGACGCUGGCGUGUAUCGUCUAUCGACACCAGAGCUUGCUGCACUUCAACCAUCCGAUAAACAACACUGUUCCGUCGUGGCCGGCCAACGUGCAGACCUUGGUCUGCUUGACAAUGGCCUACAUUGGUACCUACACUUUUGUGACGGGAACCACGUUUGUCGUGCAUUGCUACUACCUUCUCGCGGGUACCUACGUUAGCGAGCGGACGCGUAAGAUGCAACGCCAAAUGAUUAACGCGCUCACGUGGCAGAUACUGAUACCAGCUGUCACCGUUGCGAUUCCCUGGUUAUACACAGCGGCGAUCACCUUGGGGAAGGUCGAAAAGGAUCCGUCCGUGCUAAACAGCUUUUACCUCUUUGAUGGUGGUCAUGCGCUUCUGACUUCAAUCGAAAUUGUGCUGCUAUCACGGCCCUAUCGAGAAUUCAUCGUUGCCUUGUUUGUAGGCAAGAAAGCGAAGUUCGUGAUAUCCAUUCCGCUUUUUACGUUGGCGACGCCGUGGGCCAUCGGCACGACGGUCGUCUGGGUGCAGUUCGAAAUUCCAGCGGCCGCCUGGAACGCCAUCUUUUUCCUCGAUGGUUGCCACGCGCUUGUGGCGUCCGUCGUGAUUCUGGGGCUCACGCCGGGCUACCGCCAGUACAUCUUCAGCCCCUUUCGAAAACUGGGCAGAAGGAUAUCGACCAUCGCCGUACAGCAGACACGUACGAACGAAAAGUCGCUGGCCUCUACGAUUCGACCGGCGAUUUCGUUUGGC